CACACUUUUUAAUUAUUAAGGAGAACUUUUGAGGCAUUAGAUUUAAAAAAAUAAAUAAAUGCAUUGUGAUGGAACUUUCAAGUUCCAUGACCAAAAAGUCAUCCUGACAAGCUUCAAAAGUAGAUUGAGUUUUUUUACACGUGCAAUGUCGCUUUAUUUUUGUCCAUUUUUGUCGAGGAUCAAGCUGAGAUAUUUUUUACAAAUAAAUUACGGAAUUGUGCAGACCUGUCGACGUAAUGUUACCCUUAAAGUGCAAGAAAACUAUGGGAAAAAUCUGGAAGAAGCCCUCAGAUACGACGUGGCAAUUAUAGGUGGUGGAAUAAUAGGCACAGCUAUUGGAAGGCAAUUAAAAAAAGUCUCCAAGAAUUUGAAGACCAUUAUCAUAGAAAAAGAAGAUAUACUUGCCAAGCAUCAAAGCAGGAAAAACAGCGGUGUUAUACAUUGUGGAAUAUAUUACAAGCCGGGUAGUCUGAAAUCGGUCAUGUGCAAGAAGGGCAUUGAUUAUUUAUACAAGUACUGCGAUAAUGAGAGAAUACCGUAUAAAAAACCGGGAAAGCUGAUCGUCGCCAGCACGGACGAGGAAAUCAAGGCGCUGAAGGAAUUGUACAGGAUAGGCUGCAAGACCGGCGUCACAGGAUUGGAAUUGCUGCCGACCAUCGAAAAGAUUUUGGAAAAGGAACCGAAAUGCAAAGGACUGUGGGCGAUUUGGUGCUCGAGCACUGGAAACGUCGAUUUCGAGAUGGUUACGAAUCAAUUAGCGCAAGAAUUUCGCAUGAAUCAAGGCGACGUUUUACUAAACAACCAAGUGAACAUGAUAAAGCACUCGGACGAUCCUGAUUACCCGGUUCUAAUAAAAUGCAACGAAAACCUCUAUUUGAAGAGCAAGUACCUAAUAGUCAGCGGGGGAAUACAAUCGGGCAAGCUCCAGGAACUCAUCGUCGGGGAAUCGAGCUUCAAGUGCAGGAUCUUCGUGUCCUUCAGGGUGAACUAUCACGUCCUGAAGGGCCAGCCGGUGAAAGUCAACGUUUACGAAGUACCCGACUUAGAGUUGCCCUUUUUGGGCGUACAUUUGUCGCCCAAAUUAAACAACACUACCUUACUAGGACCAACAGCAGUUCCAGCUUACAGCAUCGAAGGCUACAACGAAGAGGAGCUAAACUUGGCUUACCUAAAGAACACCAUAGCGUCCAAGAACUUCCUGAACAUGACCCGCAGGUACCUCUCGAAGUGCAUCGGCCAGGCGCAGAACCGCAUCUGCCCGGACGAUUACAUCAAGAAGCUGCAGAGGCUGGCCGAUUUCGAUAAAAAGGACGUCUCGGACGGGCCGAUAGCCGUGCAAACGCAGCUCGUCAACGCCGACGGGACCUUCCACGACGACUUCGUGUUCGAGUUCUUCGAAGGGCGCGGCAUCCAGAAGAGGAUCAUCAACUGCGUGUUCCUGCCCAGCCCUGCGGCCACCUGUUGCCUGGCAAUUGCCGAGUACGUGUCCGAUAAGUUUUUUAACGAAUAUAAGAAAAAUGAACCGCAAUUCGUAUGCUAGAA